UCAAUCUACCCAAAAUGACUUUUUUUUAUUUUGCAAAUUGUAUCGCAUUAGCUUAUGUUCCUUAUUUUUUAACUUAUAAAAUAUCUGGAUUAUCAGAAUAUCGCGGAUUUUGGAAAUGUAUUCAAGCCGGGGUUGCAUAUAUUCUCACACAAUUAAUAAAAAUGUUAAUAAUUGCCACAUUUCUCCCUUCAAUUGAAUAUUCUACAUCAAAUAAAACGGAAUUUGAUAUAAAACAAGAAAUAAUCAAAUGUAGCAUUGAUAUAGCUGAUUUUUUAGGUAUGUACAUGAUAAUGUCUAAGAUAAGUAUCAAGGGAGAAUACAAGUUUUUAUGUACUAGCAUUGGAUGGGCCCAAGCUGAAUUGAUAAUGACAAGAGCUUUGCCCUUUUGGUUAGGUGCCAAAGGAAUUGAAUUUGACUGGAAAUAUAUUCAAAUGAGUCUAGAAUCAAAUAUAAAUUUACUCCAAGCUAUAUCAAUUGCUAUGCUUAUAUGGUUAGCCAUGCGAAACAAAGACCGUGUUGCAGUUCUAUCAGUCAUAGGUGCCCUCAUAAUGCUCAGCUGCUACAAGCAAUUAAUUGUGGAAAUAAUGCAAAGAUAUUUUCUCAUGGAUUCCUGGAUGAUUCUAGGCUCGAAAGCUUUGUACACUUCUCUCAUUGCGCUGACCAGCUUUCAGCUAUACGUUGGGUACUACUUAUCUCGUCAAUAAUUCAUUUAUAUUUUCGAAAGCAUUUUUUUAUUAAUCUUUUUUUGUAUAUAUUAUUACAAUUAUAUUUUUUUAUAUAGAAUAUAUUUUAAUGUAUUUAUAUAUUGUUAAU